AGACUUGUUCAUCUUCUUCAUCUUCUUCGAAAGCUUUGAGAGUACUGCGUAGAAAUGGGGAACACGUAUUGUAUCCUCGGUGGUUGUAUUGAUCAAGCUAGCGUUGGUGUGGUCGAACGUUGGGGUCGAUUCGAGCAUAUAGCUGAACCAGGAUGUCAUUUCUUUAACCCUCUCGCUGGUCAAUGGCUCGCCGGAGUUCUCUCCACUAGGAUCAAUUCUCUUGAUGUCAAAAUUGAAACCAAAACUAAGGAUAAUGUGUUUGUGCAGCUGGUUUGUUCGAUUCAGUAUCGUGUAGUGAAAGGUAGUGCUGAUGAUGCGUUUUAUGAGCUUCAAAACCCUAAAGAGCAGAUCCAAGCUUAUGUCUUUGAUGUGGUUAGAGCUUUGGUUCCAAUGAUGACGCUAGAUGCUCUUUUUGAACAAAAGGGUGAAGUUGCCAAGUCUGUUCUUGAGGAGCUUGAGAAGGUGAUGGGUGCUUAUGGAUACAGCAUUGAGCACAUUCUAAUGGUUGACAUUCUUCCUGAUCCCUCUGUACGCAAGGCAAUGAACGAAAUCAAUGCAGCACAAAGGCUCCAGCUCGCGAGUGUUUACAAAGGAGAAGCAGAGAAGAUUCUCCAAGUGAAGAGAGCGGAAGCAGAAGCGGAAGCCAAGUACUUAGGUGGUGUCGGGGUGGCUAGACAGAGGCAAGCAAUCACGGACGGAUUGAGGGAGAACAUAUUGAACUUCUCUGACAAAGUAGAAGGCACAUCAGCCAAAGAAGUGAUGGACUUGAUCAUGAUCACACAGUACUUUGACACUAUAAGAGACCUUGGAAACUCGUCAAAGAACACAACGGUGUUUCUCCCGCAUGGUCCGGGACAUGUGAGGGACAUCAGCGACCAGAUACGCAACGGUAUGAUGGAGGCAGCGGCUAGUGCUCCGGUCAACGACGUCUAGAGAGAGAUUCACUUCGGCUUGUAACCGAAUUUGUUACCUUUUGCUUUUACUGACUAUGGUUUAAAUUAUGUUUUACUAGUGUGAUUUUUUUGGAUUUUUUUUUUUUUAAUAAUUGUUUUCAUGGUGA